GCUACACACCAAACUGCUAACAUGGCUGGCCAGGAAGAYCCCGUGCAAAGAGAGAUUCACCAAGACUGGGCGAAUCGAGAAUACAUAGAAGUAAUAACAAGCAGCAUCAAAAAGAUCGCCGACUUCCUCAACUCAUUUGAUAUGUCUUGUCGAUCUCGUCUGGCUACUCUCAACGAGAAGUUGACAGCUUUGGAGAGGAGGAUUGAAUAUAUAGAGGCCAGAGUGACGAAAGGAGAAACCUUGACCUAGAAGUCAUCAUAUAACCACUUCCUCACUCCACCCUAAAUUUUUUGGACUAAAUGUGCUGGAUUUUGCCAUCCUUUUUUGGGAUCAUGUGGACCAUUUUUAUAUUGUGUAGCUGAGUUUUGUGUUGUUUUAUCUCAUGACUCACUUGUAUAGAAAAUAUGGAUCUGUUUUUGUAUUGGUGACACAAGCGUAAUCAUUUAUUCUAAAAUUAAACUCCUAAAGUAUUGUUUUCAAAAGAUAAUCCGCAGUGAAGUAAUGCAUCUGUUGUCAGCAGUACACAGUGUCCAAACCAAAUCAAAGAGAAAAGACAACUGGGAACAUUUUUGUGUGCCAACUUGAACAAGUAAUUGUGUAGUCACCUUUAUGGAAGAUUUGCCUGUACAAAAACAUGUUUGUUAGUGAUGUUUCAGAAUAUAAAUACUGUAAUAAAUGGUAAAGAGUU